AUGUCUGCAGCGGUGGAAUUGCUCCUUAUCUUGCUUGCAUUAUCACACGCGACCGACGCCCUAUUCAGGGUGCCUUUAGUUAAGCCGAGAGACGUGGGAACAGAAUCCUCAUUUCAUCGUUAUCACCGUUACUAUUCCGGUAAUUCCAUCUCAUCAGGAUGGCCAUUCGAUUCAGAUGAGAAAAUGUUACAUAACGUGCCGCUCUUCAACUAUUACAAUAUACUUUAUGCAGGACUAAUCAGUAUUGCGGAAAUUCCAGUUCAGGGCUAUACCUCCCCGUUGAAAGCACCUUUAAUGAUUAUCCACAUUCUACAGGUGAUAUUCGAUACGGGCUCAUGGUCGUUUUGGGUAGACUGUGCCGAAUGCUCCAGUAAGGCAUGCCAAGGAGCUAAGAAGUUCAGUUGUUCUGAGUCAUCAACAUGCUCCCUGGCCCAGUCAGCACUAACUGCGGAGCCUUACGGCAAAGGCUCAUAUUCGGGUUAUUCAGCCACAGACAUCGUUUGUUCAGUAACGCAAGGCGUUCUUGGUUUAUCUAAUAACAGAUCAAGCUCGGGAACGCAGUCCGUGUUGAAUCAAAUCUACGCGAAUCCGCAAUGUAAGGAAAAGAAAAUCGCAUUCUGGCUGAACAGAAAUAGAUGGUCUGCUGAUGGCGGAGAAAUGACGUUAUGUGGCAUGGAUAAGAAUCAUUAUCAGGGGGACCUCACAUGGAUUCCUAUCAUAUACGACGUGGAAUGGUUUAUUCAAGUUGAUUCUGUGUACGUUGGCCCAAAUAAAUUCAGUGGGAGAGUUCAAGGAUUGGUCGACACUGGCUCAACGUUCUUACACAUACCUGGUCCUCAGUUUUCUCAGGUUGGUAAUGGUAAAUGUAUUGUUGGGAUCGGUGAAUACACACUAGAUGCUUAUACCUGGAUCCUUGGUGACGUUUUCAUCGGUCAAUAUUACUCAGUAUUUGACCAUGAGAAUAAGAGAGUUGGAUUCGCAGAACUGAAAGCUCCAGCAGCCCGCUAA